AAGCGGAAGUCGAGGAAAGUUCUAGUGGCUUGGAGGCAGCGGCGGGAGCGGCCCGGUGGGCGGGAGGAGCCGUUGCAGGAUCCGGAGCUGCCGAGUGACCCCGAUCAAGAUGACCACGUCACAGAAGCACCGGGACUUCGUGGCCGAGCCCAUGGGCGAGAAACCCGUGGGGAGCCUAGCAGGGAUCGGCGAAGUCCUGGGCAAGAAGCUGGAGGAGCGGGGCUUCGACAAGGCCUACGUGGUCCUCGGGCAGUUUCUGGUGCUCAAGAAAGACGAAGACCUCUUCCGGGAGUGGCUGAAGGACACGUGCGGAGCGAACGCCAAGCAGUCCCGCGAUUGCUUCGGCUGCCUGCGGGAGUGGUGCGACGCCUUCUUGUGACUCUCCCCAGCGCCCGCCUGCAGUCUCCCUGGCUGGUGGCCGCUUGGGGACUCGUCCCAGCGCCCCCAGACGAAGGGCGGAGUGGGCCGUCGCCGCCAUGUUCACCCCCUGGUGCCUGCAGGGCCUUUGCCAAGUGCCCUGCCCUCACCGCGUCCACGUUUUUGGGAUUCUCACACCUGCAUGCCUCGCCCUUCAGUGUGUCCUGCUGGUCCCACAGGGAGAGUGUCCUGCUUUCCUGAGUGGGUGCCCAGCUCCCGCCCUCGCCCCACCCUUCCCUCUGGUCUCUUUGCCAUUUGGCUCUCUUUUUGGCAGUCACUGUCCUCAAAAACUUUUUUAGCUCAAUAAAGUCAGCGGCCUUCA